AUGGUUUCCGAUAUGUUUAGCAGUUAUUUUGUUUACAAUGUACGUUUCAGGCCGCAUAUCCCGGUGUGGCCACUAGAUCUCGUGGGACUCGGAGCGCGCAUCCGGAGCAAUCUGGUUGACGACACUGCAAUGGCGUCCUCUGCGUCCACUUCGACGGCGUCCAUCGAGCCUGCUGUGCACACCAAAUCGACUGGCGGCAACAAUGCUAAGUCUUCUGCGGCCGCUUCGCAGGCUCCAACCAGUCUGAUAGUGGAAACCAUGAAAAUCGGAAAAGUCCGCAAGGCCAUACACGGUGGAUCUGUGUUCACGUAUACUUCACGGUCUGGCCACGAUUUCAGAUGGAAAUGUGAAGUUGACAACUGCCGCGCGACCUUGAAAACAUAUUACAUCUGUGGAACACACUACUAUAACUCUCCCAAGCCGCCCUACGAACACGUGCACACGCGGAAGUUUCCUCGCCUUUCUGGAGGCGGUCCUUCGACCCCGCGCACCCCGCACGAUGGUUCAAAGCGCAAGGAGGACUCCUGCACGGACAAGCCCCAGCAUACCGCCAACGGCGACGUACCGGUCCCAGCGAAGACUGCAGGCGGCGUGUUCAAAAAGCUCUUCCAAGACACACCGCAACGGAAGGCUGAAGAUGCCGCGGGCGACAACAGCACGAUAGAAAGUACCAAAGGGAGCGGCGCGGGCAACCUGGUCGAUAGUCGGGCUGCGGGGGUUCGGCAAAGUCCCGUCCACUUCCAGCAUCCCCGGGGCUCGAACGAACCAGGGACUUCUGCUCGGCCGUCCAGUGACCAAGGGGCUGAAGAAAGCGAGAUUCUCCCGCCGCCUACUCCACCUGCGACGACUGACCACGACGACACUGUCCGAAAUGACGCCGAUGACGGAGAAGACAGUGACUGCAUUUUGAUCGACGACCCCAUUAACGGGGACAUCGAAAAGAAGCCUCUUUGGGGCGCGAACGCAGGCGGUUCCUUCGAGAAAGUUUCUCAAGAACUUGAACUCCUCCGCGAAGAGGUGGGAGGCCUUCGCCAAGAAAUCCACGGCCUUAAAAAGGUGUAUGCUGCACCCCCUGCUGCUUCUCUGCCCCCUCCUGUGCUACCCAAACUGCCGAUGAAGAGAGCGGAGGAUUUUGCAGCCCUGGAGACGUUUCUAGCAGACGAAAACAAUUUUGAACGCAUGGUCUCCCACCUCAAGAGCUUUGACGGCUCAACACUUGAAGAUAAGGCUAACGGCAUGAUGACUGGUUUGUUCUCGUUGGAGUUAGCUGCCACCUACAACUACAGCAAGAGAUCAAAGGGGAAGCUUGUUUUCGAAGGAACGCUACCCGAGAAAGCCGUCCGUCGCGCUGCAAUGGAAAGCUUCCCAAAACUCGCGUCCAACGAAUACACGUUCCACCUCGGAAAACGGUUCCGCUACUCGUACGCCAAACUGAAAAAGCAAGAGGAGGACGCGUACGCGAGGAUGAUCAAGAACUUGCCAGCGAGUGGAGGAGCGAGGAGCGAGGCCAGAAGUUGUCCAGGACCAAGCAUGAGGGAGACGUGUCGUCACUUUUUUUAACAUUUGUUUUACGUUUCUAUUUUAAUUGAUAAUUUUUUUACA